UACGGCGCAAACACCAUGGCGAAGGCCGGGGAUAAGAGCGGCACUAAAGGAAAGAAAGGCCUGAAGCGGAAAGCAACCGCCGAAGAACCUCAAGAGGCCGCAGUCGCUGAGGAUGGGGCGACGGAAAGCGGGGUCCAACCCCCGAAAACGGCUGCCUUUCCCCCAGGCUUCAGCAUUUCGGAAAUUAAGAACAAACAACGGCGACACUUAAUGUUCACGCGGUGGAAACAGCAGCAGCGAAAGGAAAAGUUGGCAAUUAAGAAAAAACUUAAAAAAGAGAGAGAAGCUCUUGGUGAUAAGGCUCCACCAAAGCCUAUACCAAAGACCAUUGACAACCAGCGAGUGCAUGAUGAAACUAUAGUAGACCCUAAUGAUGAAGAGGUUGCUUAUGAUGAAGCUACAGAUGAAUUUGCUUCUUACUUCAACAGACAAACUUCUCCCAAGAUUCUCAUCACAACAUCAGAUAGACCUCAUGGGAGAACAGUACGACUGUGUGAACAACUCUCCACAGUUAUACCAAAUUCACAUGUUUAUUACAGAAGGGGAUUGGCUCUGAAAAAAAUUAUUCCACAGUGCAUUUCAAGAGAUUUCACAGAUCUGAUCGUUAUUAAUGAAGAUCGUAAAACACCAAAUGGAUUAAUUCUAAGUCACUUGCCCAGUGGCCCAACCGCUCAUUUUAAAAUGAGCAGUGUUCGUUUGCGUAAAGAAAUUAAGAGAAGAGGUAAAGACCCUACAGAACACGUACCAGAAAUAAUUUUGAAUAACUUCACAACAAGGCUGGGUCAUUCUGUGGGACGUAUGUUUGCAUCUCUCUUUCCCCAUAAUCCUCAGUUUAUUGGAAGGCAAGUUGCCACAUUCCACAAUCAACGGGACUAUAUCUUCUUCAGAUUUCACAGGUACAUAUUCAAGAGUGAAAAGAAAGUGGGAAUUCAGGAACUUGGACCACGUUUUACCUUAAAAUUAAGAUCUCUUCAGAAAGGAACCUUUGAUUCUAAGUAUGGAGAAUAUGAAUGGGUCCAUAAGCCCCGGGAAAUGGAUACAAGUAGAAGAAAAUUCCAUUUAUAAAGUACUGAAGGAAUAGUAUUGGAUUGUGCUACAACAGGGCCUCUUGGAUUUCAACUCUGGCAUCUUUUCAAAAUGGCAUCUACUGGUUGGGUUUCAUAAACCUUUCAUGUCUGGACAAGUGCCAUGAAUUAUCUUUCACUGUUUAUGUAGCAAAUACAAAUAAAAGUCAUUUUGGUGAGUUUAGAAAUUGCAGUUUAAGAGUCCUAAAAUUUAAUUCUCUUAUUUCUAGGGAUUGUGAAUAAGUCGGAAUCAAGAUUCAAAGUAAGUUUCUCAUGUGUACUUUCAUGGAACAUUCGGUCUGGAGAAAAAAUACAGUCCUUGGUAGAUACUGUGUAACCCAGGGGCUUUCUACCAGAAUAAACUUGGAUCUGGCACAUCUUUGGAGGCCAGGUUUCUGGGAUAUUUUAAUAUUUAUUUAAGCCUUUCAAAAUGGCAAAUUUUUAAAGCAAAAUGGUUUACCAAGGACUUAAGGCAAAAUUGCAAAUUACUGAAGCUAAUCUUCAGUUCCAUUUUUCUUGGUACUUUGUACCUCAUUACAUCAUACUGUAAUAUUCCACUCAAGAAUUGUGUAAAGUUUUUAACAUCUGAAGUUUUUAACAUCUUCUAAUAUUCCCAUGUCUUUUCUCUACUGUCCUUAUUAGGAGAGCAGUCUAUUAAGUAAUUAAUUUUUAGAUGUAAUGGUAAUACCCUACAUAAGGGAGUUUUUUAGUAUUUCUCAUUAUUAAAUAACUUUUAUUAAAACAAAGUUAAUCCUGCAAAUAACUCAUGUGUAGAAACUAGUAUUAGCAGCCUCCUCCUGACCUUGAAAGAAAAAAGUUUGCAACUUAUCUUUAAUUCUCUAACAGUCUUUCAUAUGUAUGGUAUACAAUUAUGUGAGAUGAGCUGUAGAACAAGCCCUAAAACAUAAACCUCUUCUUAAUGACAUUGAGAAAUUGCCAUUAUCUUAUGUGUUCAAAACAAAUUAAUACAUAGUAUAUUCAAUACCAGUAAUUAACCAAAAAACUUUUACACUAAGUAUUUUAUUGUAUGUGGCUGCCAGUGUAUAUAAAAUAAUUACCCUUGUGAAAUAGAAAUUUAUGAAAAUUCAGAGAGGUAGAUGUUAAGGACUGACAAAAGUAGAAGUUUAUAUAGUAUGGCACGUGUUAUAGGGAUAAGCUUUCAUACAGGCUCCAAAUUUAGUUCUCCUUUGAAUAUGCACUGGUUCAUGAAAAAUGGUUUAGAAAA